AUGGUUCAGACGCUCAGUGCUUAUCACUUGAUGAGCGCCAAAUACCGGACUCGUCGUCCCUCGUCACUUUCGCACGUUCUUCCAUAUGAAGAGCUCAUCAUUCGUUACAGACCAGUAAACGUCGCCACCCUUUGCCUCAUCCGCCAUCGCCUACGGUGGUUUCCUACAAGGAAUGCCUCAAGAACCACACCGCCAGCAUCGGCAGCCACACGCUGGACGGUUGCGGCUAGUUCAUUCCCUCCUCAUGCUCCAACCCCAGUGACCCGCUCUCCUUCCAAUGUGCAGCGUGCGGCGUCAUCGGCAACUUCAACCGCCGUGACCCCAGGAGCUAGCCCCACCUUCUUAUUUCAUUGCCGCCCGUUUCCCCCAAAGCCUCUGCCGCAUUCCCCUCCUAGCUUUCCUCGGCCAUCACCACCUUAUCGGCCAAAACCACCGGUCGUGAAACCACCGUAUGUGCCGAAGCCUUCGGCUGUGAAGCCACCACCUUAUGUUGUGAAGCCGCCGCCACUAGUUGUGUCGCCACCGUAUCAGCCAAAACCACCAUAUGUGUCGAAGCUUUCAGCUGUGAAGCCACCACCUUAUGUUGCGAAGCCGCCGCCGUCAGUUAUGUCGCCACAAUAUCAGCCAAAACUACCGGUCGUGAAACUACCGUAUGUGCCCAAGUCUUCGGCUGUGAAGCCACCACCUCAUGUUGUGAAGCCGCCGCCGCCAGUUGUGUCGCCUUCGUGUCAGCCAAAACCACCGCUCAUGAAACCACCGUAUGUGCCGAAGCCUCCGGUUGUGAAGCCACCACCUUAUAUUCCUAUUCCACCGGUUGUGUCCCCACCGUACGAGCCAAAACCACAGUAA